AUGAUGGAGGAAGGUGAAGGGGGAGAUAGUGGUCGGAAGAAUGUUCCGUUGGUUUCGGAAUUUGUUGUGGCUGCUUCACCGGCGGCGGCUGCAACGGCGUGGUUGGAUGCUCCGGCGAAGAAGCUUGCGAGACAGCUGGAUUUCAAUGCUACGAUGGAACAGUCGAAACCGCAGCUGCAGACAACGACUGUGACGGUGCAGAAACCGGUGCCGAUUUUGCCUAUGCCGCCGAUGGGACUUCACGCUUCUGUGAGGGUUGGGAAACCAGAAUCUCCCAAACCAAGACCAAGACCUAACUUUGAAAUGAAAGAAGGUACUCCAAAGAAGCAAAAGCAGUGCAACUGUAAACACUCUAAAUGCUUAAAACUAUAUUGUGAAUGUUUUGCAUCGGGAAUAUAUUGUGAUGGUUGCAACUGUGCAAAUUGUUUUAACAAUGUUGAUAAUGAAGCUGCUAGACGAGAGGCUGUUGAAGCUACUUUAGAGCGCAAUCCAAAUGCAUUUAGGCCUAAAAUUGCGAGCAGCCCUCAGGGAGCUCGCGAUAGCAGGGUGGAGACUGGAGAAGGUGUAAUAAUAGGAAAACAUAACAAGGGGUGCCAUUGUAAAAAAUCAGGGUGUCUUAAGAAGUACUGUGAAUGUUUCCAAGCCAACAUUCUUUGUUCUGAGAACUGUAAAUGCAUGGACUGCAAGAACUUUGAGGGAAGUGAAGAGAGACAGGCUUUGUGUCAUGGAGAUCAAAAUAACAACACGUAUAUUCAGCAAGCGGCAAAUGCUGCUAUAACUGGAGCUAUUGGUUCCUACGGCUAUUCAUCACCUCCAGUAUCAAAGAAACGAAAAGGUCAGGAACUCUUCUUAUGGCCUACAGCCAAGGAUCCAUCAAUUGGCAAGCCGGGACAACAGGUAAACCAUGUAAAAAAUUCAGCACCCUCAUCAUCAUUAUCACCCGUCUCAAGUGGCCGUGUUGCAAAUGCAACAUUAGGUCAGAGUCCAUCAAAAUUAAAGUACAGGUCUCUUUUAGCAGACAUUGUACAACCGCACCACCUCAAAGAGCUUUGUUCAGUUCUGGUGCUAGUAUCUGGACAAGCUGCAAAAACACUUGCAGACCAGAAAAAUUUAGUGGAAAAGCGUACAGAAGAUGAGACACAAACAUGCCUUGCUUCUUCAACUCAAGAGCAACCACCAAGUCAAAAAGAAGUUGAUGUUGAGAAAGCUGUGGAAGAUGAUUGUUCGAGUGCGAAUCAAACAGAUAAAAUCAGCCCAGGUGAUUCCUGUUCAGAUGGUGCUGACGUCUCAAAAGGGAGACCAAUGUCUCCUGGGACUUUAGCCUUGAUGUGUGAUGAGCAAGAUACAAUGUUCAUGACAACUGCCUCUCCCAUUGGGCCAACGACCCAAGCUUGCAACACAUCUUCGCAAUUUCCUAGUGGACAAGGAGUGACAGAGGUCUAUGCUGAGCAAGAAAGAGUUGUAUUAACACAGUUUAGAGAUUUUCUCAAUAGAGUUAUCACUAUGGGAGAAAUAAAUGAGACAAAGUGUUCUUCAUUGGCUAGAAGUGAAUUAGAGGGUCAAAAGGAUCCAAUCGACAAUGGAAUUGGAAAUACCAGUACUGAGAUAGCACAUCAACAAGAAGCUACUAGCAACGGUGAUGCCAAACCUGUAGUUCCACCUAUGGCCACAACUUCAACACCUGUGGUUCCUGGUGAUACUGAUACUAUAGCCGAAAAUGGUGAAACUAAGCUGAAUAUGGAAAAACAGGUAUGA